AUGUUUAAGCUUAGACCUGACGGGGUUAGAGAACUUUUAAUUCCUCAUCGUGGAAAACUUAGAAAGGUUAAUCUUAGGCCUACUAAACCUGAGUUGAUUAAUCAACAUGCCAAAAUUUUUGUGGCUCCCAAAACUUCUAUUGGUGCUCAUCAAGGGAAAAAAUCUGUGGGAGUGAAUCGUGAAUUCUUCAGACAGUUGAAGUGUAUCUUUAUGAUUAUCUUUCCAAGAACCACAUCGAAAGAAAUCUUUAUGCUCAUCAUACACACUUUUUUCUUAUUGAUGAGAACUUAUCUUUCUCUUCUGGUCGCUAAAUUGGAUGGUAUCAUAGUCCGUGACCUCGUCACUGCUGACCUCAAAGGGUUUGCCAAAGGAUUGGUUUAUUGGUAUCUGCUUGCGAUACCAAGUACUUAUACAAACUCCAUGAUUCGAUUCCUUCAAUCCAAACUUGCGCUCUCCUUUCGAACCCGUUUAACACGUUAUGUUCACGAUCUGUACCUUUCGCCAUCUCAAACGUUUUAUAAACUCAUCAAUUUGGACACAAGGAUCGAAGCUGCCGAUCAGUUCAUCACUUCAGAUAUUGCGAAAUUUUGUGAAUCACUCUCUUCACUUUAUUCCAACAUUUCCAAACCAGCUUUGGAUUUGAUCUUAUUUAAUUAUCAACUUGGAAAAAGUAUUGGAAAAUUGGGUUCGGCUGGUUUAGUGAUCAACUAUAUCUUAACGGGUUGGAUCUUACGACAGAUCACUCCAGCCUUUGGCAAAUUGAGUGCAGUAGAGACCAAACUUGAAGGCGAUUUUAGAUUAACUCAUACACGUCUCAUCACCAACGCUGAAGAGAUCUCUUUCUACAAUGGAGCAGCAUUAGAAAAAGAUAUUCUCAAUCGAACUUACCUUCGUUUGAUAAGACAUGUCAACUCGAUCUUCAAAAUCAGGAUAGCUUAUGCGAUGGUAGAAGAUUUAGUCAUCAAGUAUGCUUGGAGUGCGGUCGGUUAUAUGCUCGUUAGCAUUCCCGUCUUCUUUCCCAAACAGAUCAAAGCCAUUGCGGGGACAGCUGGUUCAGCUAAUGAGUACCCCUCGGUUGCGAAACGAACGGAGUCUUACAUCGCCAAUAGAAGGUUGAUGCUCUCGCUUGCAGAUGCAGGUGGAAGAAUGAUGACCUCAGGAAAAGAUCUUGCCGAAUUAGCUGGGUAUACCUCUAGGGUUUAUACUCUUCUGUCUACCCUACAUGAUUUACAUCAAGGCAGAUACGAAGUGAAACGAGAAGGAGACAAGGCUCAACCUUAUGAAUUAAGCUGUAUCAAUGGUAGAAUGGUGGAAGGAGAAGAGGAUGUGGUCUCCUUUGAACAUGUGCCAAUUGUGGUACCGAGCUUGGUUCCAGACCGUGGUGGUGAAGUCUUAGUGCGUGACUUGAAUUUGAAGAUCAAGAGGGGCGAUCAUUGUCUAAUCACAGGCCCAAAUGGAGUCGGUAAAACGUCGAUUGCCAGAGUCUUGGCUGGUUUGUGGCCUUGUUUCGAAGGUAUAGUAAAGAAACCAAGAGCAGGUGACAUCAUGUACCUACCGCAACGACCUUACCUAAGCCUCGGGUCUUUGAGAGAUCAGAUCAUUUAUCCCCACAGCUUCCCUGAAUUUCAAGCGAUGGGAGGUACGGAUGAAGAAUUGAUCAAGAUCCUCGAGUGCGCACAUUUGGCUUAUAUUCCUGCACGUGAAGGAGGUUUUGAUACGGUGAAAGAAUGGAAGGAUAUUCUGAGUGGAGGUGAAAAACAAAGAAUGGGGAUUGCAAGAUUAUUUUAUCAUUCACCACGGUUUGGGGUUAUGGAUGAAUGCACAUCAGCUGUUUCAACCGACGUAGAAGGAUUAAUGUAUGAGCAUGCUAAAUCACUUGAGAUCACACUUAUUACGAUUAGUCAUAAACCAUCCUUGGUGAAAUAUCAUGAAAGAAUGGUAAGAUUAAGUCCAGAUGGAGAUUGGACGAUUGAAACGAUUGGAUCAGAAGAAGAAAAGAGAGUGACGAUGGAUAAAGAGAUGGAAGAGAUUAGAAGAAAAUUAGAUGGAGUAGGUGAUUGGAAAGUUCGAUUAGAUCAAAUUGCUAUUGAACUUGCUUUUCGUAAGUAA